AUGGCCCAGACAAAGCUCGAGUCGUGGCUCGAUAACCCGCAAGAUGUCCCUCAAGUUUCGGCUUUGGCUCAGCGCAUCGCAGAAGCCGUAGCCGAACUUGAGGAGGGGCUGGUCGAGCGCUCGUUGGAGGUCCGCAUCCUAUUGCUGGCCGCUUUCUGCGCCGAGCAUGUGCUGCUGCUGGGCCCGCCUGGGACGGCAAAAAGCCUGUUGGCAAGGCGGCUCACCAGGUUUGUUGGAUCGAAGGCUGUUUUUUUUGAGCGCUUGCUGACGCGGUUUUCGGUGCCCGAGGAACUGUUCGGGCCACUUUCCUUGAAGAGCUUGGAAAAGGAUGAAUAUGUGCGGAAGACCGAAGGUUAUUUGCCUGAGGCAUCAGUUGCUUUUGUAGAUGAGAUUUUUAAGGCCAACUCGGCAAUUCUGAACACCUUGCUUUCUGUGGUCAACGAGCGGGUCUUCGACAACGGCCCUGAGCGUGUGGCAGUGCCUUUGCGAUGCCUCGUCGCAGCAUCGAACGAAGCUCCAGAGUCGGAAGAGCUUGAAGCCUUGUACGACCGGUUGCUGUUCCGUUUAAUGGUCCGGCCUGUGUCAGAUGAUUGUGUGGCAGAAUUGGUUGCAGCAACGUCCCUAAAACCUCCUAGCCCAAAGGAGGCUAGGAGGGAGUUGGCAGUCGGCCUGGACGAUGCGCAGAGCGUGCAAGAGCUUGCAGGCACAGUGGUGGUGUCCCCCGAAAUCGUCGAGGUCCUGGUGGACUGCCGCCGCUUCUUCGCAGGGCUGCCUUCGGAUCAGCAUGCGCAGCUGUCGGAUCGGCGGUUGGGCCAGGCGGUGCGGAUGCUGCAGGUGUGCGCCUGGACCUGCGGGAGGACUGAGGUGGAGAUUUGCGACUGCGUCUUGCUGGGGCAUGUCUUCUGGAGCUCUGUCGACCACUGCGAGCAGUUCCAGGUCUUCCUGAAGAAGCGUUUGGCCCGCACUCGCCGCCGGCAGCUGGUAUCAAUUUUGCAGGGCCUCCUGGAGAGAGUUGAGUCCGGUGCCACUGCGGCUCCUGACCUGCUGCGUGAGUUGGAGGCUUUUCGUCGAGCCCUUUGCCAAGAAAUUCGCAGCUGCAAGAGGCAGCGCAGCCUGGCAGAAGUGCACCCUUGGCUGGCACCGGUGGAGAUCACCGCUUUGAACGCGUUGCUCGCAUCGGCCGUGGAGGGUCUCAGGACGCUGCUUCGCGAUGUGGCUGCCCUUGCUGCGGCUGCUGAGCUAGGUGAAGAUGUGCCUGCCGAAUGGCUGAGGCUCUGCCAAGGCCGCGGGCAGCUGCGCUGGGUGGAGUCAGCUGACGCAGAGAGGAUCGAUGACGACGUCGACGGAACCUUCACUGUCGGCAAGCACAAGGGCCGUUCAUUCAGCGAGGUGGCCGCUGACGACGAGGACUACUGCAGAAUGGUGCAGCGAAAAGUGUCGGAGGGAAGCUUCAGCGGAGACUCGCCCCUGGAUAAGCAGGUGACAGCAUUUGUGGCCUACCUGAAGCUCCAUCGGCAAGGGUAG